UGGUAUACGGGCAUUUUCUCGCGGAAAUGGUACUUUUGUAGAUUGCUACUUCGACCAGUAAAGGAAAAGAAGAUUGGCGGUAGCGAUGAUGAAUGAAUUGGCUUCACUGUAGCACUAAAGUAACAGACAGUUUGAAAACAUUCCAAGAGCUUUGUUCCAAUUCAUCAACUACCUCCUCACUCAUCACAAUCUCUCUCCCAUAACUCUCUCUCAAUCGAACCACCUCCUCACUAAUCUCUCUCUCUCUCUCACUAUCGAUGCCCUAAUUCUUCGUAUUAAUUAAACACUUGAUUCCAGAACAUUCUAUAAUAAUGGCAGCAACAGUCUCAGUGGCCGCGGAGUGGCAGAUCCUCCACGAUCGCUUCUACCGCAAGCCGGAACUCUACCAAAUGCAAUGGAAACACGUGGAUCUCUCCCGCAACAAAGUCGCCGCCGCUCCCUUCGGCGGUCCAAUCGCCGUCAUCCGCGACGACUCCAAAAUCGUCCAGCUCUACGCCGAAUCAGCGCUCCGAAAACUACGGGUAUUUAAUUCUGCCGGCCUCCAGCUCUCCGAACUCAUCUGGCGAAACCCUGGGGGACGGCUAAUUGGAAUGUCCUGGACCGAUGAACAAACCCUAGUUUGUAUUACUCAGGAUGGAAGUGUUUAUAUGUACAAUAUCGAUCUCGAGAGUAUCGGUAGUGCUGUUUCGAUGGGGGUUGAUUGUUUUACGAAUAGUGUGGUGGAGUGUGUGUUUUGGGGGAACGGUGUGGUUUGUAUUAAUGAGGCUUUUCAGCUGUUUUGUAUUCAGGAUUUUAGGAAUCCUGUUCCGUGCCAGUUGGCGGAUACUGGGAUUGAGGAUUUUCCGCUUUGUAUGGCGGUGAUUGAGCCGCAGUAUACCAUGUCGGGGAAUGUGGCGGUGUUGCUUAGUGUUGGGGAUCAGAUUCUGAUUGUGGAGGAGGAUGGGGUUCAGCAAUUGGGUGUUGAGGUUGGGCCCAUUCAGAAGAUGGCGGUUUCGCAGACUGCUAAGUUUUUGGCCGCGUUUACUCAUGAUGGGCGGCUUUUAAUUAUGCCUACAGAUUUUUCGGAGAUUGCAUUUGAGCAUACAUGUGAGUCAGCCCUUCCUCCUGAGCAGCUAGCUUGGUGUGGAAUGGAUACUGUAUUACUCUACUGGGAUGAUAUGCUUUUAAUGGUGGGUGUUGAAGACUCCGUACAGUACUUUUAUGAUGAACCACUUAUCAUUAUCCCAGAGUGUGAUGGAGCAAGAAUUCUUUCUAACACAAGUAUGGAAAUCCUACAACGAGUUCCAGAUUCCACUGUAUCCAUCUUUAAGAUUGGUAGCACAGAACCUGCAGCACUACUUUAUGAUGCUUUGGAACAUUUUGAUCAAAGAAGUGCCAAGGCUGAUGAAAAUCUGAGAUUGAUACGCUCCUCGCUGCCUGAAGCAGUAGAAGCAUGUAUUGAUGCUGCUGGUCAAGAAUUCAGCAUUUCCCAACAAAGGAAACUACUAAGAGCUGGGAGUUAUGGCCAAGCGUUUUGCAGUCAAUUUCAGCGAGAUCGCAUCCAAGAGAUGUCUAAAAUUUUACGGGUUUUAAAUGCUGUACGUAACCCGGAGAUUGGUAUUUGUCUAAGUAUUCAGCAGUAUAAGUUGCUUACACCGUCUGUGCUGAUUGGCCGUUUGAUAAAUACACACCAUCACCUUUUAGCAUUGAGGAUAUCAGAGUACCUUGGCAUGGAUCAAGAAGUGGUGAUUAUGCACUGGGCAUGUUUGAAGAUUACAGCAUCAUCUGCAAUUCCAGAUAGCACUCUUUUGGAGAUCUUGCUUGAAAAGCUAAAAUUGUGCAAAGGGAUAUCUUAUGCUGCAGUUGCUGCUCAUGCAGAUAAGAACGGCAGGAGGAAGUUAGCAGCUAUGCUUGUAGAAAAUGAACCACGUUCCUCCAAACAGGUUCCUCUCUUGCUAAGCAUAGGUGAAGAAGAUGCAGCUUUGAUGAAGGCAACUGAAAGUGGUGAUACUGAUCUUGUUUAUCUCGUCUUGUUUCACAUCUGGCAAAAGAGGCCAGCCUUGGAGUUUUUCGGGAUGAUCCGAGCGAGGCAACUGGCGCGGGACCUAUUCUCAAAUUAUGCACGAUGCUAUAGACAUGAAUUUCUGAAGGACUUCUUUCUCUCCAGUGGUCAGCUUCAGGACGUUGCUUUUUUGUUGUUGAAAGAGUCAUGGGAACUAGCUAAGAGUCCAAUGGCAAGCAAAGGAGCACCUCUUCAUGGUCCACGCAUAAAACUUAUUGAAAAGGCUCAUAACCUUUUCUCAGAAACAAAGGAACAUCUUUUUGAGUCAAAGGCAGCCGAAGAGCAUGCAAAGUUGUUGAGAAUUCAACAUGAAUUAGAAGUGACCACCAAGCAGCCAAUUUUUGUGGAUUCAAGUAUCAGUGACACAAUCCGCACAUGUAUUGUACUGGGAAAUCAUCGUGCUGCUCUAAAAGUUAAAACUGAAUUCAAGGUUUCAGAAAAGCGAUGGUAUUGGCUUAAAGUUUUUGCCCUGGCAACAAUUAGGGACUGGGAUGCACUAGAGAAAUUUUCGAAGGAGAAAAGGCCACCAAUUGGUUAUCGGCCUUUUGUGGAGGCAUGUACGGAUGCAGAUGAGAAAGGAGAAGCUUUGAAGUAUAUCCCAAAAUUAGCAGAUCCUCGAGAAAAGGCUGAGGCCUAUGCUCGAAUUGGCAUGGCAAAGGAAGCAGCAGAUGCUGCUUCACAGGCUAAAGAUGGUGAACUGCUAGCACGUUUGAAGUUAACUUUUGCACAAAAUGCAGCAGCUUCAUCAAUUUUUGAUACUCUUAGGGAUCGUCUGUCCUUUCCAGGGGCAUGAUCAUCUCUGCAAAGAUGUAAUCCUCUCUCUCAAAUUUUUAUUGUGACAAAAUCAUAGUUAACCCUUUUCUGUGUAUUUACUAUGUUAGUAUAUAAUAUAAUGAGAAGUUCCGGGUCUCUGUAAAGUUUAGCGGCUGUUCAUUUCCUUUAAUUUUUUUGUAAAUGUUUUAUAAUGUGUGCUGAACACUGCAUAUUUUGUGUGUACACAACUAUUUGUAAUUUUAUUUUUUAUUUUUAAAUGUCAUCUACUUUUCGGAAGCAA